CUAAAAAAACCUGUGAGCUAACCCAAAGGCUAACAGCAGAGAUGCCUACAGCGACGGUGUAAAGAAACGUAGAAGGCAGGCAGACCUUGUAAGCCUGGGGUUGGAAACCAUUAAGAAUGUCGGGGCGGCAGUUGGAACAUCUCCCUCCCCCAUCCCCAACUGUCAAUGUGAGGGAGUGGACCGUUUCAAACUGUGAGAGAUCACAUCUUUUAUCUUUCUUUUGGCAGAUUCAUUGAUGCAAGUGCUUGAAGAUGGCAACCAAGCAAGGGUAUGGUGGCACCUCGGUUGCCUCUGUGGAUGUUCCGUCUUCUAGUUCUGAAGGAACCUUGAGUCUCAGUCCUAAUAGCCCAGGGCUGUGUCUUCUCUCACCUCCCGUUACAGAGUCCCACUGGCUCAGCAAUGCUCCAGCACAGCCCAAGUCACCUUCAGAAACGAAUCUUACCCUGGAGGAGCUGCUUGCUCCCAUUACGGAAAAGUUGAAGUAUUUGCUGAAGAAAGCAGAGGACUUCCAGACAUAUCUCCUGUACAGCAGGGACAGAAUGCAGAAGGAGCAGUUUGCCAAAGCUAUGCCGACAUUCCUACACAUGUGCCAGCCCUACUUCCACUACCUGGAAUCGACAGCACGCAGCUGCACACCUUAUUUGAGACUGCCCCAGGAGCCAGUGAGAAGGCGGCUUUUGGAGAUUUCUCAGCAGCUGGUUUGUCAGCUUGAGCAGUUGGUGCUGAUGUACGCUUCAUUCAGCUUUGUCUCCCUAGAAGACACGGACCCAUCCAGUGUCUCCUGUUUCUUCUGUGGGAAAUUUUGGCUGAACGAAGUCCGACAGGUUUCUAUCUUUCAAUACUGCAUCUCAGCACCCUAUACAGCUGCCCAUGUUCCUCAUAACCUAUACAAGAAGAUGCGCUGGAACCUUGACAUCUUGGAAGGGUCUGCUGGGCGGAAUCAAACACCUCAGACAGAAUAUUACUUUCUCUGCUUCCGGGACACAGGCGAUGAAAAAACAGUCAAGAUGCAGAAGCUCUGGUCCAUUGGACGUUGGGUGCCCCUAGAUCCUGACAGUGAGCACAGCUCUGAUGUGCUUUCCUGGGUACUAUGUCAUCAGCCUAUGGGGGAUUAUCAGCAGCUCUUGACUAUUGGAUUUGAGGAACCUUCCCACACUUUAGCCACGGACCUCUUGGUACAAAUGCUAAAUGCUCAGAGUACUGGCGCUCAGAGUACUGGUCCACAUAAUCGCGAGACUUCCUCCUGGGUGAGCCCAGGGGAACAGGGGCAGUAAAAGGCAGAUAUACUUUCAAGGCAUACUGAAAACUGCAGCUUUCCUGAUUCCUAAUGCCACCUGCACUGCAUUAGCAGAGGCCAGCUUGUAGCUUCUUCAUAUUAGGCAUAUAUUAGUCUUGCAUGAGGAGACACGUGGCCUUACCAAUAUGUCACUUUGAGAUUCUGGUAACAUUGUUUUGAAAUAGGACAAAAAAGAAUCUCGGUCCCCUGUUGCGUCUGCUUCUUAUCCCAUUGUAUUUAUGCUACUUGCAAGAUAGAGUUCCAUUAUACAGUAUUUUAAAAUAAGGACAGACGUUGAUGUUCACUGCUUGCCAUCCUCUUGGGUUUCUAUGCUUGGCUACUGAGCCGAAAUCACCCACUUGGAGCUAAACCAUAUGACAUAAGGCCCUUGUGACCCUCCUAUUCCCAGUGGGAUACAGCUGAGAGCCGUCUUGUACUUCUUCCAGGUAAAGAUUCCAGCCACAGACUCUUGAUAGUGGUUCAACACUAGACACAGGUCUGAUCCUGCCAACUUUGUAGCCAAUUUAUCUGAAGGUGUACAACGUCUGAUUCCUCUUGCCUGCUGAGCUCUGGUCACUUGACUGUCUAGUGUAAUGAGGAUAACCAAAGUAUCUGAGGAAGCUAGGAAGAGACAUCCAUAAAAUCUGGCUAUUUUAAAAAUGUAUGUUAUAGCUUAUUGAAUAAUGCAAUAAAUGCAGGUUUUGCACAU